ACUGGCAGCGCCACGGCGCCUCCUCCGCUCACUCUUCAGCGUCUCCUUCGGGAUGAACGGCUCGGCCUCCCGGCUGCCGCAGCGGGAAGAAGCGCUCCCCGGCAGGAACCAGCGCAUGCCAGUGGCAGCACUACUGCAAGCAAAGAAAACAGCACAAAACCCUCCAGUUCCCAGGUUUUGGAAUUUGUUGAAGAUCAGAUAAAUCCAACUUGACUAUGAAAAGAAUAAACAUCAUGUCAAUGGAAACAGAACAGUAGAACCUUUCCCAGAGGGAACACAGAUGGCUUUAUUUGGUAUGGGCUGUUUCUGGGGAGCUGAGAGGAAGUUUUGGAGACAGAAGGGAGUCUACUCCACUCAAGUGGGUUAUGCAGGAGGGUAUACUCCAAAUCCUACUUACAAAGAGGUCUGUUCAGGUAAAACCGGCCACGCAGAGAUUGUACGAGUAGUGUAUCAGCCAGAAAACAUCAGCUUUGAGGAAUUGCUCAAGGUCUUCUGGGAGAAUCAUGACCCGACACAAGGAAUGAGACAAGGUGGGGACGUUGGCACACAGUAUCGCUCAGCCAUCUACACAUUUUCUGCUGAACAGAUGGAAGCUGCCUUGAGAUCUAAGGAAGAAUAUCAAAAGGUAUUGACAGAGGGCGGUUUUGGUCCCAUCACAACAGAAAUCCGGGAGGCUCCAGAGUUUUAUUACGCUGAAGAUUACCAUCAGCAGUACCUCAGUAAGAACCCUGGCGGAUACUGCGGCCUCGGGGGAACAGGGCUUUCCUGCCCUAUUGGGAUCAAGAAAUAGCUUGUGCUUACUCCACUGCCUCUGCUUUACUUUAGGGAAUCUGAAAAAAGACCAGCAAUCCUGAUAGAUAUAGCACUCCUGCAUCAUUAGUGCAUAAAGAUUUGGGAACCUGUUGGGGUGGCUUUCCAUAGUCUAAGCAGUUUCCCAUUCACCAACAUUAAAUACCAAAGCAGAGAUAGAAACUGCACCUGUUGGCAAAUGCAGCUUCUUGCUCCAUGCAGCUCAUGAGUUUUCCUUGCAGUGUUGUAAUCUGGAGAGAAAUUUCUAAAAGUUUGGCUCAAAAUGCUGUUAAAGGGAUGAAUUGGGAUUUUGUGGCACCUGCUAAAUGCUGUGCAUAGCUAAGGCCUUCAGAUACAUUUGUUUGCUUGGGUUCAUAAAUUUGCUCAUGUUAUGAGAGCUUUGACAUGGAGAUAUGGCUGGGCUCAUCUUAACUAUCACAAACCUGUAAUCUGAUGUCUUUGAGAAUGGUGAAUUUAUAAGAUCAGUGAUUCUCUCACAAUUAAAUUUUCACAACAUGUAAUAUCACCUAUACUGCCUAUCUUCUGAAAUAAUUUUAGUAAGAAAAAGUAAAAAUUGUAAUGUUCUUCCAAAAAGUGUAUAAACACAAAAAUAAAUCUUUUUUUUUUUUCAUUUCCUAUGCUACAAUAAAUUACAAAAAAGAGAACAGAAAAA